AUGGCAGGAACGUUGUGGAUGGCUCUGCCAGAGGUACGGUACGGAGGCCUGUCAAAGAAGAUCCAUCCUUCAUUAGAUGACGACGGCUUUGAGCAAAAAGAGUCCGAGUAUCACCGGCGCUUGCGCUUUCAAGCUGGUCAGGUGUGUAUUCAUCCGCAGCUGGAGGUUAAUCACUCCUCCGUGCAACAGUUCUUCCGCGAGGAAGUGGGGCUGGAGUGUUCCAAAGAUAGAAACUGGGUUUACGUGGAGAAUGGCACUUUUCACGUGACACAGGACUCCAAAAGGCGUCUAUACAGAGGAAAGGACGACUACCAUACAAUGGAUGGACAGCAUAUAAAACCCAUGCACGAUGGAGCUCCUUUGCAUAGUGAUUUUUUCAAAGUGGCAUGCGUAUCUCAGGACCAACAUAGGUACUUUAACAUUCACUCAGGGAUUGCCUAUAACGCUGCCGCGCAUGCACGCUCUUCAGAGGUACCGCUUCCGGUCAGUGCGAUGGGGUACACUAUUUUGAUGGUGGGUUUCGAUUCUGUAUCCAGAAUGACAUGGAUGCGACAAUUACCGAAGACACAUUCGUACUUUGUUAACCAACUUAACGGCAUAGUAUUGGAAGGUUACAAUAUCGUGGGUGAUGGAACACCCCAGGCGCUGUUGCCAAUUCUAACAGGAAAGACCGAAGAAGAGCUGCCGGAAGCCAGGAAAGGAAAACCUAACGCGACUUCAGUCGACAAGCAUCCGUGGAUUUGGAAAGAGUUCAAAAAGUUAGGCUAUAUUACUCAGUGGGCAGAGGACAUGGCGAGUAUAGGCACGUUUACCUACAGGAUGUUUGGCUUUAAAGAGCAGCCUGUUGAUCACUACAUGAGGACGUUUUAUCUUGUCGCGGAAAAAAUAUAUUCACAUUUUAAACCGUAUUGCUUAGGGUCUGUUCCACGCCAUGUGAACUUUUUCAGCUGGCUGAAAGACACUUUUCGCAUGUACGGAAAUAAACGGAAAUUCAUGUUCGGUUUUCAUUCCGAGUUUAGUCACGGUGAUAGUAAUAAACUUCAGCUUGCUGACGCGCAGGCGCUUGACUUUCUACGUUUUCUCAAAAAUGGCGGCUAUCUUGAUUACACUAUUUUGAUCAUGAUGUCCGACCACGGUGCCAGGUUUCACGACGUGCGUGAAACCGUGCAAGGGAAACUUGAGGAAAGGAUGCCAUACUUUGCCUUCCGAUUUCCGCCAGGAUUUGAUAAAAAGUAUCCAAUAGCUAUGAAAAAUUUCCGAACCAACGCCUACAGACUGACGACGCCAUUCGACAUUCACGAGACGUUCCAGGAUAUUUUAGACUACAAAAAUAUCGAAAAGGGUGAUCUUUCGCAGAGAGGGAUCACUUUUCGAGAAAUUCCCAAAGAACGAAGCUGUGCGCAUGCGGGGAUUCAGCCGCACUGGUGUGCAUGCUUAACUUGGGAGACAGUAAAUGACAAUGAUGAAGGCGGCCUUGGUGCUGUCGGGGCGACAAUUAAGUUUAUCAACUCUUUUGUUGAACCUUUUAGAGACCAGUGUGCGAAUUUGACUCUGUUGAGUAUAACACGUAUGGUAAAAUACUCGACAAAUGACAAUGUGCUCAGGUUUAAGAAAAGUGAAGACCACGACGGCAGAAAAGCUGACUUGUCGGGGAAAAUUUCGUCCACUGAAACAUUAUAUCAAGUGACGUUCAAAACUAUUCCUGGUAACGGCCACUUCGAGGCUACAGUCCGGGAAAACGCCGAGAAAACCAGUUUUGCAGUAGACGAAUAUGAAAUCAGCCGGAUUAACAAAUACGGCAACGAUCCAGCUUGCGUUAUGGACUCUUACCCACAUCUACGCCCGUACUGUUAUUGUAAAUCCAACAUAACACCAGAAACAAAAACGUAGUAUGGGAUUGGGCAUGUAGGUAUGUUGUUUUUAAAAUAGUAAAAUGUCAAACUUUAUACCAAAAGAAUUGUAUAAUUUGUAAUAUAUAAAACACCAAAUGCAAAAGAAAUAUUUGGUCACACGUUCCCACAAUAUGUGAGCUCUCCCUGCAAUGUAAAGCACAGCCUUAUUUAUCGGAUAUUUGUGGAAAACCAGAUUGAGGAUUUCAUUUUCAAACCCUACAUACACAUAGCAUUAUUUGGCACUGACGCCGUGAGAUCUUCCUUGCAUGUGAAAUCAGGCACAUUGGCACCAAUUUGUCCAAUAUUCUGUGCAAGUGUACACUGUCAGACUUCAUCACAAUUGCUCUGUUUACUAAUACUUGUAAUUUCGGAUUGUUUUCACAUUGUCUUAUUUUCACCAUUGGUUUGCAUCACAUCCUAACAAGUCUUCAGAGGACAUGAACCGUUGCCUGGAAUCUGUACGAAAAUACCAAAAACAGUUUCUCUGAUUUCAAAGCCUUGGCCCGUGUGUACAGGUAAAUUAGGUCAGCGAUUUAACACGCAGAUAGUGGUAAAAUAAGAAAGAUACUUAACCCCGGGUGCAGGUAAACGAAGACUGCCUUAUGUACAUCUUAAGCCAGACACGGCUUUUCUCUUUCAUAGGAGUUUUAGAAUUUGCUAUCAAAAAUUAAACAAAGUUCAGGUCAUAUGAAAAUCCAGAAGAGACUGUCUUAAAGGGAAGACAACGUAAGCCGCAAAAGAAGAGAUCAUUAAGAACUCUGAAAGUAGUUAGUAUUUUAGAUUUUCAGACAGAUUUGAAUUCAGUCAAAGUUGUGGAUUGUAGGUUGGGUUUCAUGAACCACACUUACGUCACCAGUGAUGUCACACAACAUUUUCUAUAUCUUAAUGUUACGCCUUGAAUAAUAUUCCAGUGAACUUGACUGGUUUACAGUGUGCCAUGUAAUGUCAGCCAAUACCCGGCCACAGAAUGUCGACGUGACGUCAUUGGGGAUAUACUAUGAAUAUAAUCCAUGAAGCGCUUCAUACAAUUUGCAAAUCUGUCAAGGUUUAAUUCCGUGAAAAGUCAAAGCUAGAAAGAAGUGACGGUAUUUUCAGAUGCAGUUUAUUAUGAGGUUGAUUUCGACCUAAUGUUUUCUUUCCAUAUAUAGGACUGCUUUACCAAAUGUAAACCAUGCAGGGUUUAUGGUACAGAAAUAAAACUUGGCGAGCCUCUCGCAAAUGCGGUCGCUGUGAGUUCAUGUCCAGCUUAUUGCGACUCCCUCUCGUGUUGUUCGUGGGAUGGUCCUGCAGCAACCUGCGGAUGAUCGUGCGUUUCCCCCGGCCUCUGCCCGGUUUCCCCCUACCAUCAUGCAGGGGUGUAAGUGAAGUGGUCUUCAGUACGGCGUAAAAAACCCAAUCAAAUAAAUAAAUAAAACGUUGGGUUGUUGCAUAUUUUUGUACAGAUUCCAGUCAUAGGUAAAAGCGGACAUCUCAUGUUUUUAUUCUGUAUUCCACUUGAAACUUGAAGGAUCUCAAAUGAAAUCAUAAAAAAUGGCUUCCAAUGACAAUAUGAUUUUUUCGUUGUUACUGUUAAUGUUUUGCAAUGGGAAACACGUUUCGUCCAAUGAAAAACG